AUGGGAGUUUCCGCGGCCUUGGUGUCGAUCCGAUCCUGCCAUGGCCACGUUUGUUUUUGGGGUCAUGAUGCUAGGAGCAAGAGGACAGGAACUAAGUUCAUGGCCGUACAGCCAGUACUUGCCUCUUCUGUGCCUUUGGGUCGAUGGUGUGUGCAAAAGAGGCCAGCAGAGCGAGCCUGUCAGCCACUGUGCUGUGCUACCAACCAGUACCGCGGAGUUUACUGGUUGCCGCGAAUCCAGAAGUUUUCGGUUAAGGUGGGGAUCAAAGGCAACGUGCACUAUGCCGGCGUCUUUGCGAAUGCGACUGAGGGAGCCUAUGCCUUUGAUGAAACGUUGCGCGCGAACUGUAGAGAUCCCAUCCGCUUGAAGCAAUCCUUGAACUUUCCGACGGAGCAAGAGGCAUCGUACGAAGAAAGCUUGUCGGACCGGCGUUCGCGGUGCCUGAAACAGUAUUCGAACUCUGCUAAGGGUGUGGAGUCACUCCUACGUUUCCAGCAUCGCUUCUCGAAAUCUCCACAGGCGUCAGAGUUUGAGAUUGUUAACAUCCCCUCCCAGUCGCGAGUUGACGCGGUGUUGCAGGCCCGGGGGUCGAAGAGUGGAGGCUUGGCCCUUCAGCUCAAGUCCUCGACCUGCCACAACAGGCAGAGUUCUGAAUUGUAUGUUUUUGGAAAUACACAGGGCUACAACGGCAUGCUGCUGGUUCUGAUCGCUCUGGACCGUGACAUCGUUUGGAUGGUUCCCGGAAGCGAGGUGUCACAGAGAACUCUGCAGAUCCGUGUCGGCUCGCAACGGGACAAGGCAUGGCGAGUGAGCCACAUAGGGAUUGUGCUGCAGCAGUACUUCACGGCUGGCAGAGUGUCACACAUGGCAUUGCAGGAUGCGCUCCUGCAAUGUGGUGAUAAUCACAUUACGGAAGAACAUUCUCAUGCCCAGCUUGUUUCGGCAUUUGCAUCAGUGCAGCAUCGGCUUCAUCGACCGAUUAGCUUGACAGCUGUUGUGGAUUCCGUGCUCAGCGGGCAAGGUCAUCAGUGGCGCAUCCAGGAGAAGGCAGCGCAUCUGUCCGCGGAUGGUAAAUACUGGGCAGGCCUCAGGAAGCGUGGCGGCUGCCUGGGCCCGCUUGCCUAUGCCAAGACAGACUUUGACAUCCUCAUAGUCUCGCUUCUGGACGGUUCAGAUCGUUUGACGGGAUUCUUUCUUUUAUCGAGCGUUGUUCUGGCCCGACGCAGGCUGAUAGGGCACAGAGGGCUGCGUCUGAGACUUUACCCUCCAUGGGCACAGCCAAAAUUCCCAGCGGUGGCAAGGAAACAUAGCUGGCAGUCAGAUCACUUCGUGGAUCUGCGGAGUUGGAACGGAAAAGGCAGCGAUCUGGAUCCUGGCACCAAAGCUAACUUGACCGAGCUGCUUGAAAAGCUCGACGAGCCUGCUGGGCAGAAAGGCAGCUGUCAAAGAGGAAGAGAUGAUGACGAUAUUGUAUAA